AUGAUAGGAACAAAGAAUGAAGUCAACAAUAAUGAUAGGCGUAAAAGAAAGUUCGUUGAAGAGAAUAAGAACCAUUUUCACAAUAAAUAUAAUAGACCAAAUAAAAGAAACGACAUUGGAAAUAACGGAAAGAGAAAGGGAGGAGGAGGAGGAGUACAAGAAGGAGGAGGCGGGGGAGUAACCCCGUUUUACAAUGAAAAUAGCAAAUACAUAUUUGAAGGAAGUGUGAAAAUAAAGAAAAAGAGUAACCACAUUUUUUACAACAAGGCCCAGGUGUUUAAUCGUGACAUGAGCAUUAUUCUGAUAAAAGCGUUAGAAAUAUAUUUAAAAAAUAAAAAUAAGGACAACGGAAAAAUACAGUUCAGAGGAUUUAACGUCGUGGAGUUGUUAAGUGCAAGCGGAAUAAGAAGCAUAAGGUAUGUGAAGGAAUUACGAGAAACUAUAAAUCACAUCAUUGCAAAUGAUAUUGACAAAUAUGCAUGUAAACAGAUAAGGAGAAACUUUAAAAGAAAUCAGAUUAAUAAGGAGAAGUAUACAAUUCUAUGUAAUGAUGCAAAUAGCGUUAUGAACAUCCUUAAUGUGGACAACAUUUAUUCGAAGAAGAGAAACACGAAAAAAUUAGACGUUGGUUUUACCUACAUCAACAACAUCACGGAUUAUAACGACUACUUUAAGGAAGCUUUGAAAUUUUUAAAAUAUAUAACGAAUUACAAUAGAGGCAGAGGAAACAACGAGGUUAAGGAAGGCAUCAGUAUUGAUAACCCCUCGCAUCAUAAUAAUGGUAUUAAAAAUGGUAACAACUGUAGGUGUAACAUAGCCACGAAAAAUAAACCUAUUGAGGAUCACCAUAAUUUAGAGGAUAGUGACUCCACUGGCUUCUCGAGCAAUGUGGAGGACUUCACCAAAAUUGAUAUGCUGGACGAGGAGCAGAACGAAACGGUGUACGCCGAAAGGUCAAGCAAAGCAGAAGCGGAGAGUAAACCCUUGAAGGGGGCAGCGAACGGUGUAGCAAACGGAGGAUCAAACGGUGUAGCAAACGGAGGAUCAAACGGUGUGGCAAACGGAGGAGCAAACGGUGUGGCAAACGGAGGAGCAAACGGUGUAGCAAACGGAGGAACAAACCACAGAGAGACAAACCCGUUCGGGGCCACGCAAAACGGAGCUGAGAAAAUCCCCCUCAGAGAAAGCAUGAUGGAUGAAAUUAUCCAAAGGUGCAAACUGACCGAAAAGUACAUGUUCGAUAUAAUCGACAUAGACCCAUACGGAUCGUCCAUAGAGUACCUGGAAAGCUGCCUAAAAUAUGGAAGAAGCAAUUUCUUCAUAUUAAUAACAAAUACAGACAUGAGAGUAUUGAAUGGAAAAUUCCCGGACGUUUCUUUUUACAAAUAUAACAGCAUGAUAUUUAGCAAGAGAGUCCAUUACAAUAAGGAGUAUAGCAUAAGAGUGCUGUUUUACAAAAUAAAAACGAUUGCCUCCAAGUAUAAGAAGUGCGUUAUUCCAUUUUCGUCUCUUAACAUUGACUUUUACAUUCGCAUAUUAGUACAAGUCUUGGAUGAUGCGUUACAGACAAAGGACCUCUGCACCGAUAGUGGGAUGGUUUAUCAGUGCAACAAUUGUUCCAGCUUUUAUAUCAACCCCUUGGCAUUGAAAAAGGAUAGGAAUAUGUCAGUAGCAGAUAAUAAGAAGCACUACAAGAGGUGGAAACAGAAGAAGCAUAAGGAUGGGGCAUUUUUAAACACCGGGGAGGAGAAAAAGGAAGAAGAGAAGAGGGAAAAGGAGGAUGUGCACGGCGCAGAAGAUAUUCCAGAUGCACAGUUAGACCAUAUGUAUGAUUCUAAUAAGCAUGCUCAUGAAAAGGAAAAAGUCACAGGUAGAGACUUCGCGGACGACGCGACUGAUGGGGAUACGGCGGAGAAUGUGGAGGAAGAGAAUAAUACGGCUGAUAAGGUACCAUAUGAUAACUUGCUAGAGAAUGAAGAUAAUUUUGAACGACUAACCAAUGGCGAGGAGGGGGGCAAUAUGGAAAAUACUAUGCAUAGCGCGCACACACAAAAUGCGGGAGAUGUGGCUGGCAGCACGCCCCGUAACGCAACGGCUGACGCGACAGCAGGGCCAUCUCCAAAGGGCCGACAAACGCAGAGCAAUCCCGCCAUAGGGAAUAAAUACAGAAGCGGAAAAUUGACCAUUUCCAACAAGUGUGUAGAGUGCGGAGGAGAAAUACUGAUAGGUGGCCCCAUCUAUAUCGGAAAGUUGCACAAUGUUGAAUUUAUCCACACGUGUAUCUCGUUACUGGAAAACUUACAAGACUAUAAUUUAAACACCAUCACAUCGAGGGAUAGAAUCUUAAUAAAUUUUCGAUGUCUAAAGCAGGAAAUAAAUAUUCCAUUGUAUUAUAAUUUGCCAGACCUAUUUAGAAAUUUUAGACUGUGCUCCAUCUCUAGAAAGCUGUUCGUGAAUGCACUACUAAAUUUGAAUUAUGAAGUUUCGUAUUUUCACAAGGAUCCAGAUAGUGUGAAGACAAAUGCUCCUAACAAUGUGUUUAUGGACAUUUUUCGUGCCAUUAUUUAUAAAGUAAAUUCCAAAAAGAGGAAUUCCAAUGGUGUGGAAACGAAGACGGAGGAAUUGAACCCACUCAGCAGUAAGAACAACCAAGCCACGGAAGGGAGGCCCAAAAAAGUAUAUUCCAUAAAUACCAUAAAGGAUCAUAAGUUGAGGGAGAAAUUAUUGUCGUAUGAAUUUUUUAAAAAAAAUUCGACCAUUGACAAUAUCGAUAUUUCUGUCAGUAAUAAAGAGAAUACUGAUCAUGUGAAAUUGUUCACCCUGCUGAACCCUGAGCCUUUUUGGGGCCCCAUGAAGAAGCACUAUGAGAAGAACUGA